AUGACGACUUCCCUGGACUUGAAUCAAAUCCAAGAUGAGAUUGCUGCCAUGCAACGUCAAGAGCAAUCUUAUUAUUGCCGUCAGCAACAACAGAUGGAUCCAUUGAGUCACUAUCCUCUGACCAGUUCCAACUCUGUGUUAUCGUGGCACUCGCAACACUCUCUGCCGUCGAUGCACCGCAGCAAGGCAAGACCCAACGUGCAUCAUCCCUUUCGGCAGUACAUGGUACAAUGGAUGCACACGAUUCACGAUACCUUUCAAUUGUGCCCCGUAGUUGUCCCUACGGCCAUUUAUUACUUGGAUUCGCUCACGUGUGCGCCCAACAAUCCAUUGGAUUAUCAGUUGUGCGGUUUGACCAGUUUGCAUUUGGCCGUCAAGGUUCACGAGACACGAAUCUUUCAAUUGAGACAAUUGCUCGAAAUGGGCAAUGUUUGCUUUACCGAAGAAAAGGUGAUUGAAACGGAACGUCGCAUUCUGAGCACGUGUGCCUGGAAGUUGCACCCACCGGUUCCAGAAGCUUAUUUGUAUAUUUUGGGCAAGCUGUUUGCCCAAAAUCCACAAAUUCCCACCACGGCCAUGCAAAUCUUGAGAACCUCAUUGGUCCAAAAUUUGCAAGCCAAGCCAUCGGUGAUUGCCUAUGCCAGUUUGUUGGCAUCUAUGGAACAAUCCUACAUUUCGGUGGAACAAAAGCAAGCCUAUUGUCGCGAUAUCAUGCGAGUCUCUGGUUUGACGGCCACGUCUCCAGGAUUGGCACAAACCUACAAGGUAUUGGGUGUCAGUGCAGCAGCAGCAGCAUCUACUGCACCCACACCCGUGUCUGUACCGAUUCCCCAAGUCAUUCCCGUGGUCAAGACCUCCUCACCCAAGUCACGCAUGCGUCCUCAAAUUAUUGUCCAAGACGACAUUCCUGCCGCUGACUUUUCAUCGUUGCUGUUAUCACCAGAAACCUUUGACGAUGGAGAAUAUCGCGAAGUCAUUACCUGUGGCCAAGAUGCCAUUGAAGUUACCUUUUGCAACAAGCCUGGAUUGGACUUUUUGGAUACCAUUUCUCCUCGUUCGGUGGAGGGAUUGUAA